GAGGAUGAAGAGUAUGACCAAAGACAACUAGCAGCAUUAGUUGCUUCAAAGGUUUUCUAUCAUUUGGGUGGACAUAAUGACUCAUUAUCCUAUGCCCUUGGAGCUGGCCCUCUUUUUGAUGUUACUGAGGACUCUGACUAUGUUAAUACCAUUCUUGCUAAAGCACUGGAUGAAUAUGCAAGUCAUAAGACUAAGGCAGCCGAGUCAAAUGAUGAAGCUGUAAAGGUGGAUCCUAGGUUGGAGGCUAUUGUUGUGAGGAUGCUUGAUAAAUGUAUAGAGGAGAAAAAAUAUCAACAAGCCAUUGGCAUGGCUAUUGAAUGCAGAAGGCUGGAUAAGAUUGCUAAAGCAAUUAAAGAGAGUGGUAAUGUUGAUGCAACUCUAUCAUAUUGCAGUAAUAUCUCCCAUAACUUCGUCAGUCGCAGAGAAUAUCGGAGUGAGGUGCUUGAUCUUCUUGUUAAAGAAUAUGAGAAGCCAAAAUCAUCUCCAAACUAUUUGAGCAUGUGUCAGUGGCUUAUGUUUUUGGAUAAACCAGAGCGCGUAGCAAGCAUAUUAGAGAAGCUUUUACGUUCAAAAAAUAACAAUGAUGCUCUACUGGCAUUUCAAAUAGCUUUUGACCUAGUAGAGAAUGAGCACCAAGCUUUUCUUUUGAAUGUAAGAGACCAACUUUGCAGUCCACAACUACAACAACCUUCAGAACCUGCACUCAUACCUGCUGAGUCUGAUACUGCACAAAUUGGAGAUGCUACUGCUGCGGAGGAUGUUGCAGUGAGCGAGGAAAAUCAGCCUUCUAUGCCGAUUGCUUCUAGUGCAGAUCCAAACGAAGCAAUAUAUGCAGCAGUGUUUUUGAGAGCGAGAAGCGCAAAAAAGCGACAGGGGCUCGCCUAGCUUCAAAAACGAAGCGCAAAGCGAAGCGCACGCUUCAUUGAAGUGAAGCGCAAUUC